UACCCCCAUCCUCCUUUCUCAACAAGGCACCGUGCUGCAAUUUUCUUCUAUGUAAGCCUUUCAUUGACUCCACUUCCGAAGUCCUCAAGCUUCAUCGCCCCUUCCCCAUCUCUCUCUCUCUCAUCCACUUGCCACCUCCGCUUCUCCCCCGCUCUCUUCCUCGCAAAUCCGGUACGGUUUCUGGGGUCUUUCUCUCAAAAUCUGCUGAUCUCUUCCCCCUUCUCUCUCUCUAUCUCCACCCCCCCCGUUUUUUUUCCAUGGCGGUGGUGAUUGGUGUUUAUGAUCGUCUAUGGGGAUUUCUGAGUUUUCGUUGCUUCUGUUCUUGAGUUGACCUCGUUGGUAACUUUCUACUUUGUUGGGCUUUCCUAGCAUACCGAUGUCUUUUGAACUCCAGAGGAAGAAUUCAUCUAGACCGUUUGAUUUUUGUUUCAUGAACCGGGGGGGAUUCUGGUGCUUGUGGAAGGUAUUGUUUCGUCACUGGACUUGACGUUUAUUCUUCUUCUCUCUUUUCCCCCCUUCUUUUCCUUGGUGGGGGUAUGCGAAGCUAUUUGAAAAUUGGAUUCAACACUUGGGUAUAUUUCUUCUUUUAGAACAUUUUUUGAGAGCUAUUCGUUUCAAGUUGAUUGAGAUAAAAGAAAAUUUCCAUCCUGCUAGUGGGAAAGUUGUUGAUACAUAGUACAGUCCCUAAAUUUAUCAUGACGGCAAUAUCACUAGCUCCCGGGUUUCGGUUUUAUCCAACUCACGUUGAGUUGGUAAUGUACUAUCUAAAGAAGAAAGUGAUGCGGCAGAAGUUCCUUAAGGGAGUCAUUUCUGAGUUGGACGUAUACAAAUAUGAGCCCUGGGACCUUCCAGAUAAAGCUUGUUUGAAAAGUAGAGAUCUGAAAUGGUACUUCUUUUGUCCUAGAAAAAGAAAGUGUGCAAGUGGGGCUCGAGUGAGUCGUACUACACAAUUUGGGUAUUGGAAAAGUACUGGAAAGGACAGGCAUGUAGCUCACAACAAUAAAAACGUCGGGCGUAUUAAGACUUUGACAUAUUUUAGUGGUAAAUCAUCUAAAGGGGAUCCAACUGACUGGGUCAUGCACGAGUACAGACUUGAAGAAAAGUAUCAGUCAAAAAAUGUUUCUCAGGAUGCAUAUGUUCUCUGCGUAAUAUUUCAGAAGGAUGGUCCAGGCCCAAGGAAUGGUGCCCAGUAUGGAGCACCAUUUAAAGUGGAAGAUUGGGAAGAGGAUGGUGUGGAGGAGAUGGGUUCUUUUGAAGUUGAUCUUUCCUCCAGCCUGUCGAUGCUACCUAGUAAAGAGCCAUUAAAUUCAUUUGCUCCAGACACCUCUAUGACACCAAGUAAUGUUUUUGGCUGUUCUUCAGCAUCCUGUAUUUCUGAAAAUUUGGCAUCUACUUCGAAGGAGAUUCCUCAGAACAGAUCCGGGGGUAUUGCUCCAGUGGAGAUACCUCAGAAUCUGGAUUCUGCUGACGAUUUAUUUACAGUGGAAGAUUUUUUCCCUGAAGAUGGAAACUUGAAUUUGAUGGUUGAUGAUGGAUUUCAGGCGACUGUUCCUGCUUCAAAACAUACAGAUCAAAAUGAUCCAACAUAUGAAGGUUUAGGAGACCUAGGCGCUCGGUCUCAAUUGAAUGCUAACAUCACUGAAGAUGGUAAUGCUUAUCUUACUGGCAAUGGAGCGAUUUAUAGUCCUGAACAAAUGUUUCCAAUUUACUACGAAGCAAUGUUUAGUUCAGACCAAAUGCCAUACUUGGAGCUGAAUGAUCUUAACGCUCCAUUGAGUGAUACUUACCGAGACACGCAAAUGUCUAAUGCUGCGUACAAUUGUUCUAGCGUUAUAGAACAGCCGUGUUUCCAUUUUAGUUCCUUCGGAACUGCCAAUCAGCAUGUUCCUUCAUGUCAGUAUCCUUCUCUGCAUCAUUCCAGUGAUCAAAUAUGUCACCCCACUGAUCUUGGAUACCCUGAUGCAAACAUGUCUGCUUCCAGCCAGGAAAAUAUUCAUUCCAAUUCAAAUGGGGGAUCCAAUGGCUAUAAACCUCCCCGACUGGAUCAUGAUGCUAACCUCCCCUGAGGUUUCUGGAUAACUACGAACCUUGUGGCGACGCUGUUACUGUAACUUGAUAUUUAUCCACAGUGAAGAAUUUUAGUGCAGGGGUUUACUGUGGCAGUUCGUGAAUAAAUUUAUUGUGUUCUGAGUAGUUUAAGGUAUCAAAUGAACAGACUGAAUUAGUGAUUGUGUGGCAGAUAUUCUUGUUUAAGAAAAGGAUGAUCAGUCUCUGCUCUACAGGGGUAAGUAAAGGUUUGGUUCUCCCUCUUGAAUGGAACUUGCUCUUCUUACUGCAUGUUUGUUAAGUGUUUUAGACACACUGCUUCAUCUGGGAGUUCUUAUGGUAUCCUCUGUUUAUUACCA